AUGAAGAUUAAACACGAAUCAGGUGCUGAUUUCACUUUUGCUCCUCCACAACAUAAUAAUACUUUACAACAACAACAAAUGAUGCAUUCUGCUGGCUAUGAUACAUCAUUUAAUGAUUCAGUUGUUGCUGAGAAUUUUUAUAACCAAAUAAUGACCCCAGUUACUGAUGAGACUUCACCUCCUUCAACUCAAAAUAGUUAUUCCCAACCAACUGGUCAUCCACAGAACUCAUUUUAUCAACAACAAAGCUAUUCACAACCUGAGCUACAACAUAUUUCACACUUCAAUAUGUCAAGUCAAAGUAUAAAUCAUAUUAAGGAAGAACCGGAAGAAGAAGUUACAAUUGAAAGUAUUCUUGAUGACGAUCCAUUAUUAUCAUUCACAACCACUUUGGAUAGACAAGAAUCUAAUGAUACCAUUUUACAAAGUUCUUCGCCAAUUAAAGGGCCUGACGAUGGUGUUUAUAAUGAUAUUGAACACUUGAAUUUGAACCAUCAUAACCAUAGUCAUGCUAGUUUGGUCAAACAGGAAUCACCAGAACAUAUUAGUGUUCCACCUCCAAUGACAAAUUUCCCAACACCUGCUAAUUCAACUUCUGGUUCAGGUGUUAAUAGCACACAGUCACCAAUUAACAAUUCUACACUACAAUUUCAACAACAACAGCAACAGUUUCCUCCACACUAUUCCUCUCAACCACAGUUUCAACAACCACACAUUAUUGCAAUUACAAACAAUAAAGUACCUUUGGUUUCAAGGAAUGAACCUUUUGUGCCGGCAAAUACAACACCAAAUGGCUCUCAUUUGAUGAUGAAGAUGGAUCAAUCUCAACAACAGCUUCCAAUCCAAAACUUUCGAAUGCAGAUUCAGAAUCAAGCAUUUUUUCAACCUCAGUUUAGAAACCCAUUGGGUCAACAGCAAACGUUUGGUGAAGGGCAAAUAAAGAUACAACCUCCUCCUCCUCAAAUGCCUCCUCAACAUAUACUGCCUCAACAACAACAGCAGCAACAACCAUCAUUUAUGGCUGGACGCCCAGCUCCAAUCAGAGUUCAAACAUCAUCAAGUAUUCCAUUGAAAACUUCAUCUGUCCAGACUAUAAACACACCUGUCACAAUUAGAUCACAAGAGUUAAAACUUCCUCCAACACCUCCAUCUGCUUCACAACCUCCAUUGAACAAAUCUAGCUCCACUACAAGGUUGAGUAAAGUGAAGAAAAACUCUGUAUCUGGUCCAAGUACAAGUACCUUGAAGCUGAAAAAAUCAAAGAGCUUUCUAAAUUCCUCACCUUCAGUGAAAGAUCCCAAACCAUUCUUUACAACUUUGGAUUUUUCAAAACAGUUAAAUGGGAGUCAUAACACUUUUAUAAAUAAAGAUAAAAAGUUCCCAAAGUCUAAUCCAAUAAAGGGUAAUGUUAUCAAAAAUUAUGAAUUUGUUAUAGAACAAGGUCAUGAAAAAGUUAAAAAUUCCUCUGCUGCAAAUAGUGCUAAGUCUACACCAAGAAGACCUUCAACAGCUGGUACACCUACAUCUACAACAUCAAUCAAAUUCCCAAAAUUACCAAAACCUCCAUCAAUUGAAAAAAGUUCAUUUGCAUUGUAUUCACCAACCAACCCAAAUUCAUCACCAACCAAUUCAGAUGCUUCAGGUCAUUCACCUUUGAAUUCUUCACAACAAUAUCCCUAUGUUAAUCCAUCUCCUAUCCCUUCAUCUAUUGCUAGAUUUGAUAAUGGUGAUGGACCAUUAAACAUUACUUCAAGUCCAAUUACAGGUGAACAGGUUUUCUUUAAACCUUCUUCCCAAAGAUCUUCAGUUUCUCAAAAUUCUCCUGAAAAACAUCCAUCACCUCCUUAUCAAAAAGACAUGAAAUCUGGGAUGAAUGAAUUUAGAGCUCGUAUACACAAGUGA